AUGGAUCCAUCGGCAUCAGAAGGAACUAAACCGAUGACGCCUGCGGAAGAAGUCGUCAAGAAAGUGGCCGAAAAGAAAGUCACCGUGUCGCUGCAGCCGGUCGCCGACGCACCAAUUCUCAAGAAUAAAAAGUUCAAAAUCGGAGCAAGCACUGACAUUGCAAAGUUUUCUUUGGUAAGCUUAUCGUAGCAAAACCUCUAUUUCGAAGCUUACUUUUCUCAGACCAUACGAAAACUGCUUAAUCUUCCCGCUGACAAAUCGCUUUUCUUCUAUAUUUCACACACAUUCGCCCCUUCCCCGGACCACACACUUGAGGUAAUACUUCAGUUUUCUAAAAAAAAACCCACUUUGUUUUCAGCUGCUCAGCCAAUGCUACGCAGUGAAGGGCGGCGGCGAAGAUAUCCUCCAGUUACAGUACAGCACGACUCCAGCGUGGGGAUGA